GACAACACGACACAGCAUGCAGACAGUGGGCCGUCGUCCAGUGCGUUUGAUGUGGCACAGGAGAUUAUUCAGAAUCUGGAGAACAAGAUUAAGACGCUCAGCAGCCAGGCUGAAAACUACAGGCAGGCGAUAGUAUCAAAGGAAAACAUAAUCAGGGACUUGGGCUUGCAGUUGGAGCUCCACGCCAAGAAUGCCCAGGACAUUGACCACGAGUAUGUGCAGACGCAUGCCAAACAGGGCAUGGAGAUCUUGGACAGAAUAAAGAGCUACCAGGCGCCCAGUGAUUUGACAGGAGAGGUCCAAAGACUAAAGAUUGAGAAUAUGAGCCUGAAGAAUAUUGUCGAUGAGCUGGCGAUGCGGAUCCGACAGGACAGAGCGUCGGGAUGA